CCACGAGGGCCCCGCCGGCGCGACCACGGAGCCGCGGUCCCUGGGUCAACCUGGGGCGGCCGGCCCAGAACCGUCCGAUGAGGUCUCUUCUUUCUAGGGAUGGUGAAGUUGGGGAAAGGCUCCCUUAACCCUCCUCCAGGAUGAACCACCUCCCAGAAGACAUGCAGAACACCCUUACUGGGAGCCAGAGCUCCCACACCUCUGUGCGUGACGUCCACUCCAUCAACCCCACACAGCUCAUGGCCAGGGUUGAGUCCUACGAAGGAAGGGAAAAGAAAGGCAUAUCUGACGUCAGGAGGACUUUCUGCUUGUUUGUCACCUUUGACCUCUUAUUUGUAACAUUACUCUGGAUAAUAGAAUUAAAUGUUAACGGAGGCAUUGAGAACACGUUAGAGAAGGAGGUGGUGCAGUAUGACUACUACUCUUCUUAUUUUGAUAUAUUUCUAUUGGCAGUUUUUCGAUUUAAAGUGUUGAUACUUGCAUAUGCUGUAUGCAGACUGCGCCACUGGUGGGCAAUAGCGUUGACGACAGCAGUGACCAGUGCCUUUCUAUUAGCCAAAGUGAUCCUGUCAAAGCUGUUCUCGCAAGGGGCGUUUGGCUAUGUGUUGCCCAUCAUUUCUUUCAUCCUCGCCUGGAUUGAGACGUGGUUCCUGGAUUUCAAAGUUUUGCCUCAAGAAGCAGAAGAAGAAAACAGACUCCUGAUAGUACAGGAUGCUUCAGAGAGGGCGGCAUUUAUACCUGGUGGCCUUUCUGAUGGCCAGUUUUAUUCCCCUCCUGAAUCUGAAGCAGGAUCUGAGGGAGAAGCUGAAGAGAAACAGGACGGUGAAAAGCCGCUUUUAGAGCUUUGAGCGACACUUCUGUUAAAUGUGAGGAGCCUCCCUGAGAGUCAUCCCAGGGGAAGACGCCUGGCCAUGGUGAUGCCCGCUGCUGACUGCACAGGGCAGCUGAGCCAGCACGUGUUUACGCGGGACCUCGCGGACACGGCACCGCAUUCCCAGGGCUUGGCCACCUGCCUGGGGCUGGGGAGCUGGGGACACUGCUCAGUGAGUGACACCGCCCAGUGAGUGACACUGCUCCGCUCUGUCCUAGAGCAGCUAAAGGAACAUCCGUGCUGGGUUCCUCAUCAAGAGACUCAUUAACAUACUGAAAUAACAGUUUCGUAGUAAGCAAAACACCUUUUUUGUUUUAUGUCUCACAUUUCUUUUGUAUUUUUUAACACCCUACAUUUCCCUUGUGGUUUUUAACUCAUGCACAUGUGCUAUUUGUACAAUUGUAAAAAGUAAUAAAAUCCAUUGUAUCAAACUAA